AUGAAAAAGUGUCAAUGCGGAAAAUCCUUUAAACUAAACGGAUCACUUUAUAAUCAUAUUAAGAAUAAACAUGAUGGGAAAUACUAAGAGUAUAAAUUAUCCUAAGCAAAGAGAGGAAGACCUAAGAAGCCAAUCACCGAUAAUCAAAAGAAUAAUAAAUAUAAGGAUAUUAAAUAUACUUUAGAAAUUGAACCUUAAGGCUAAUAGUUAGUAAAACUUUUUGAUACAGGUUUAUUGAUUUCAUCAACAUUUAGAAAAUUAAUAAAUUCCUUUAGCGAAAAACAUUCAGAUUUAAUAUAUGAAAAGCAAAUAAACUCUUGUGACUAUUCGAAAUUCUCCUAACUUUUUAACUAAUUUUAAAACAAUUAAGAGGUUUAAAAACUCUGUGUUGAAAUUGUUGGCUUUGUUUAAAUGCUUAUACCUAAUAUAAAAUUAUUCAAUCUCUUAGGAAAUCUAAAAAAGCUUAACUUAAAUAAUAGGAGAAGUUUAUGGGCAUAUUAAUGUUAAAAAUGA